UUUUUCAAUACGCCUCUCUCUCUCUCUCUCUCGCUUUCUAUCGCACUGUCAUACACUCACAACGACACAGACACCGUGACAGUGGAUAUAUCUCUCCCUCCCUCGCUCACUCGUCCAACCAAAAUGCAACCUCACCCGACGGACAAUCAACCCUUGCUUCGAGGCAUGAACGAACGACUCAGAGUGAUCAGAAAAGAUGGGAAGAGCAAUGUCAAAAUGGAGAAUGUGGUGGACAAGCCAUGGUUAUAUCUCAAAGACCUGUGGACCACCUUGAUAGACAUCCCCUGGAGAUACAAAUUAGCCAUUUUCUCAGCUACGUUCGUAGGAACUUGGUUUGCAUUUGGAACUAUUUGGUUUUUGGUAGCUUGGCUCCAUGGAGAUUUAGUGGAUUCUCAAAUCUCAUCCAAUCACACGCUCUGUGUGGUCAACAUGCAAAGUCUCACUGCUUCCUUCCUGUUCUCGUUGGAGUCCCAAACCACGAUUGGUUACGGUUUUCGCUACAUCUCUGAAGAAUGUCCGCUUGCGAUCAUCCUUCUUGUCGCCCAGUUGGUUCUCACAAGUGUUUUGGAGAUCUUUCUCACGGGAACGUUGCUCGCAAAGCUUUCUCGCCCUAAAAAACGUGCCUCAACCGUCAGAUUCAGCCACUUUGCUGUGGUAGGAGAAGAUCAAGGCAAAGUCUAUCUCAUGUUCCGUGUGGCAAACGUCAGACGGAGCCUUCUCAUUGGUUGUGAGGUCCGAGCUAAGCUUAUACGCACUUCGGUCUCCACCAAUGAGCUGAGCAUCAGACAGUUGGAUGUUGAGUUUGGGGUUGACUCGUCCAACACAAAUUCUCCCUUCCUCCUCCUCCCCAUGACCUUCUACCAUCUCAUCGAUGAAAAAAGCCCAUUCCGAGAGGUUGCUUUAGGAGCUGAGGAACAAGAGUUUGAGCUAGUCGUGGUUUUAUGUGGAACUGUAGAGCCUACAAGCUCAACUUGUCAAAUUCGAACAUCCUACCUGCCUCAAGAGAUACUUUGGGGUCACCAAUUCCAUCCCCUGUUCUCCGUUUCACCCCGGGGAAAAUUGGUAGCUAAUUUCGCCAACUUUGACCUCACCGUUCGUGCAGUGACCUCUCAUGCCAUCCUUGACAUGCUCAAGGAGAAUCAGGAGAAGGAAAAAGAGCCUCGCUCAAGAAAUGUUAGGAUAAGUAAUGUUUGAGAGGUUCUGGUCUGUCCGUGUCUCUCGUUCGGAACGUCCCUUCGCUUCUCAAGCCUCCAUCUUGCACCUUAAUCCAUCUCCUAACUCCCCAAGUCUCUAUCCAUUUCCCUCUCACACAUCAAUUCAUCCCCUGACUCGAUCGAGAGAGAGAGAAAUAUGUUCACCAGAAAUUCAAUCCAUUUAACCUGGGAAUAUUUUAGACAUUUUGAAGAUAUAUAUUUAACUUUUUAACACGUUUAAAAAUACUCAUUUUGCCAACACAACCCUGUGUUGAAUUAUAACUCCUCACCCCCAGAGACAGUCUCACGGCUUAUAUUUACACAGCACCUUUCACCCCCAGAGAGAUGUCUCAAGUGCUUCCCAGGACUUCCCACGCUUGUAAAAGUGUGGUGACUGUGUGUUUAACUCAUUAACCGUGACAUCCCUGUAAAUAGCCGUGGAGCAAGUGAGCGGUUUUAUCUGUCGGCCAGGACACCAGGAGAGGGAGGCUGAGCGACAGAAAGUGUGAGAUAAGAGAGUGAGAGUGUGUGUGUGAGAGAGCGCGAGAGAGAGAAACUCCCUUUUCUUUAACGUCCGCCCUGAACAGAGCACGUGAAUGAGAUUCAGCGUCUCUGACAAUGUGGCGUGGUCUCUCUUUUCGUCUCUCUCUCUGUCCAGCUCUGUGCUGGAGCUUCAGCUUAGACUGAGCAGGCUGUGAGUUCUGAUGUAUGUGGUGGUGGGGGGAUGGGGCUCGAAACAAUUACCUUCUGACUCGCAGAAGAGAGAGAGAAAGAGAAUGAGAAAUGGAGGAGAGAGACACAUGCACACACACACAAAUACUGUAACAUUUUCUAUUCAGAAUAAAACUGUUAACUCACAA